GCACAACUUGUGGAUGGGGGAGCUGCUGUGGAAACGUCAGCGCGGGUUUGUGUGGAGCGGCUGCAGCGUGACAUUGCAGAGCCUGUCUGUGUCUCCCCGUUCACGCCACCUGACAGGAGUGAGAGGGCGGGAGGAGGACAAAGCACGGAUCCACAGGUAUUCGUUCGGCUGCAAAUUCUGAAUGAAAAAGCGGAUUUUUUGCCUGAAAUUUGAGCGUUUUGCAUGAAAAGUCUCGCGCCCUUUGUCUCCACACGUCUUCGCUGUGACUGCAUGCGCGCUGUUUCAAACGUGACAUCACGUCAAGGAAUACACGGCAGCCCCUGUGAUAACCUUGAGCCCGCGCAGCGCAGGACACAACAGGUUCGUUACGCACGCAAACUCUCUCAGAAUCCCGCAUCUCUGCGGUGUUCCCGGAGCUCUGUGCCCCUCUCGCGUUCAGCAUGUGCGCGUGUUUGUUUCCCCCUCCGUGACGGAGCGUGCACACACACACGUCAGCUCGGGGAGGGCAAAGUCUGCUUAAAAUGCUGCGAGUGUGACGGCUGAAUCCAGAGCAUAGCGCCGCGCGGACGGACAGGUGAGCGCGGGGGGCGCAGAAGGACACGCGGAGGCUCGGCGGAGGAUCAGAGAGCCCCGAGGAGCGCGCGGGGAUCAUGACGGUGGUUCCCGCGGAGAACCUGGACGAGACCGUAGCGCUGGCCGCGCUGUCGGCCCAGGACGCGUGCGAGCCGGAGCGCGCGGACAGCCAGGACUGCUGCGAACGCGUGGUCAUCAACAUCUCCGGGCUGCGCUUUGAGACGCAGCUGAAGACGCUCGCGCAGUUUCCCGCCACGCUGCUGGGAGACCCGCGGAAGAGGAUGCGCUUCUUCGACCCGCUGAGGAACGAGUACUUCUUCGACCGGAACCGGCCCAGCUUCGACGCCAUCCUCUACUACUACCAGUCCGGGGGCCGGCUCCGGAGACCCGUCAACGUGCCGGUGGACAUCUUCAUGGAGGAGAUCAAGUUCUACGAGCUUGGAGAGGAGGUGAUCGAGAAUUUUAAGGAUGACGAGGGCUUCAUUAAGGAGGAGGAGCGCCCGCUGCCCGAGAACGAGUUCCAGCGGCAGGUCUGGCUCCUGUUCGAGUACCCUGAGAGCUCCGGACCCGCCAGGGGCAUCGCCAUCGUCUCGGUCCUGGUCAUUCUCAUCUCCAUCGUGAUCUUCUGCAUGGAGACGUUACCGGAGUUCCGCGAGGAGGCCAGGACGUUUGACGAGCACCUGGCAACGAACGGAACAGUGCGCGCAAAGAAACCGAACCCUUUCACGGACCCGUUCUUCAUCGUAGAGACGCUUUGCAUCAUCUGGUUUUCAUUCGAGCUGCUGGUUAGGUUCCUCGCAUGCCCCAGCAAGGCCGCCUUCUUCAAGAACAUCAUGAACACCAUCGACAUCGUGGCCAUCAUGCCCUACUUCAUCACGCUGGGACUGGAGCUCGCGGAGCACCAAGGGAACGGCCAGCAGGCCAUGUCGCUGGCCAUCCUCAGGGUCAUCCGCCUGGUACGGGUCUUCCGCAUCUUCAAACUGUCCAGACACUCCAAAGGACUGCAGAUUCUCGGGAAGACGCUGCAGGCCAGCAUGCGCGAGCUCGGACUGCUUAUCUUCUUCCUCUUCAUCGGAGUCAUCCUCUUCUCCAGCGCUGUGUACUUCGCGGAGACCGACGACCCGCACUCGGGCUUCAGCAGCAUCCCUGACGCGUUCUGGUGGGCUGUGGUCUCCAUGACGACGGUGGGCUACGGGGACAUGUGCCCGGUCACCAUUGGGGGGAAGAUCGUGGGCUCUUUGUGCGCUAUCGCCGGCGUGCUGACCAUCGCGCUGCCGGUGCCCGUCAUCGUGUCUAACUUCAACUACUUCUACCACCGGGAGACGGAGCAUGAGGAGCAGUUCCAGUACACGCACGUGACCUGCGGACAGCAACAGCCGGCUUUCGGAGAAUUCAGGAAGAGCGACAGCAGGUCGAGCCUGUCCAAGUCCGAGUUUCUGGGCAGCGAGGACGCGGACUCCAUCAAGUACACCAACUGCAGCCCGCACAAAGCCCACAGCGGCAAACUCACCGACGUCUGAGCCGCAGCAUCACGCGCUCUGCUGUGACUGCACACCGGAGAGCUCUUUUUUCUGCCAUCCAAGACUCACGGAGAGGACCCACGUUUACCCCCGAAACCGUCUUCCAUCACGCGCGCCACGAGCGGACAAACAGAAGCUUAGAAGUGAUGAAAGAUCCAGCGGCAGCACUUUAUCCAGACAUUUGAUUAUUAACGUUUCUGUAGUGGAGCUGGUGACACACACACACACACACACACACACACACACACACACACACCUGUUAAAGCUCGGGGUGGAUCAGAUGAUGCUUGUUGGAAAAAGCCGUUAAUCUAAAUUUAAAGUCCGUCCCUGACGCCAUGUUUGAUCAGAAUGUUCGUUAUUACUAAAACAAACAACAAACAACAAACAGAAACAAACAAUCAGGCUUCUGUGGGGAAAACUCCGAGCACGUGCUCCUUGUUAUUGCCACGCAGACUGUGUGAGCGUUAUGAAAUCAACCUCAGUUUCUCCAAUCCAACAGCGCCGCUGUGCGGACGAGCCGAGGCCCUGCGUGUCUCUCUGUGGAUGCAGUUUCUAUAGCAACCUUCCAGACUUUUCUGUAUUGUCUGCCACAGGAAUGAAAACACGCGGGCUGAUAUUGCAUAGGCCACAAAACCACCAUGUUGUGGAAAAGCCUCCAUGUUGUCUGAAUCCACCGCUGAACAUCACCUGCACAACACCUGCCAUCAGCACACACACACACACACACACACACACACACACACACACACACACACACACACGUACACACACACACACACGCAGUGAUUCCGUUAUUUUAGGCUUUAAAAUGCUCACAAAUUCCCCCAGCUUCACAUGAAGACGUUAAACUCUGUAUUUUAGUUUUAAAUAAAUCUAAGAAUCUCAGAAGAGCC